UCUAAGACCAGUUCCGAGGAAGGAGAGCCUCUAGCGAGCUUAUAAAGGGUUCGACUGCAAUAGAGGGAUCCAGUCAGUGUCGGAUAGACUCCGGAUCUAGUCACGGCAUAGGACGUAGUUUAGUGCUAAUAGAAAAGUGUGAAAGAAAGAGUGCUAAAGAUGGGAAGACUAUCGUCAAUCAUUCUUCUGGUAGCAGCUUUCGCAGGAAGCCAAUCAGCACCAACCGCCACCACCAUCAUCCAUCAGCCGGCCCAGUACUUUCUGCUGCAGCCGCAGCCCUCGACUAUCAAGAUCCAACCGCAUCUCGUUCAACCGAUCCAGCACCUGAAGCUGGAGCCCAAGCAACAGUUGAUCUACUAUUAUCCAUCGAUUCCUCUAAGUAAUUCAAUCAGCUAUGACAAGCCGAUCCGGCUGGUAACACUCAAGCAGGAAGAGCAGCCCUGGUGGCAAGGCUUCGUCAACUUCUUCCAGCCGAGCACCGAGAAACCGGCUGAGUCCGCCGAAUCGGCCACGGAAGCUCCUGCUGCCCCAGCGGAAGGAGAGCCCGCUCCAGCAACAAAGAGUCAGAUCUUCAUGGCACCGGCUGAUGCCGAGCAGCUGCCAGCCAUGGGCAGUGCUCAGCCCAGCGCACAAGGGCAUCGAUACUACAUCCUCUCAGGAGCUCCCCAAUUCUACGGAAACUUCGACGCGCUGCAAAACCCAUUGAAUCCAAUCUUCAGCCUCCAGCCACUGCAGGCCAUACAUGCCCGCUCAAACUCGGAGAUCCAAGCUGAGCCGCAGAUUGUGUCAUCCAUCGCUCCGAUCGCCCCUGUCCCUGCUCUAGUCCCAGCUCAACUGAAGAACGAUCUACUGGAGUCGCACCCAGACAAGACCACCACCAUUGAGCGCAAUUGGGCCCGCUCCCUGGACGACGAGCCCGUUCCGGAGCCGGAAAAACCCCAGGGCCGUUCCCAGUCGGACGACCCAAAGGAGGAGAACAUGCCCCAGGUAAUUGAUGAUGAAGAGGACAAGAAGGAGGAUAUGGGAUCGCUGCGGCAGGCAAACGAACCGUCGGUUGCGGCCGUCAAGCCUGCCGGAAUUGCUCUCGCCGGACGAGGCGGUCUGGCAGCUUCCGCUCCAACCGGAACAGCCAUCGCUGGUAAGAACGGACUGGCACUGUCCUCGCCAACGGCCACUUCCGUUGCUGGAAAUUUCUUCGAAGACGAAGAAGACAAGAAGAACUGAAUCGCAUAUCAUGGAAUGGGACUCGAAACUGGAACUAGAUCAAUUUUAACGAUGUAGGUGUAGUCUAUUUAUUAGGGUUAGGGGAAUUUAUGAGCAAUGACGCAAUCUCAACAUUGGUGCUGGUAGGAAAAGCUUAAAGGCGAUCGAAUUCCGUCGGGAUGGUGCGGUAAGCGAUCGUCUGGUCGAAUGGGGGACAGUUUUAGUGAUCAAGGAUAUUUUCGUAUACGUAAACGUAACUCUCGAUCCUUGAGGCGUAGGGAAGAUAAAUUAGAUCACUACGAGCCCAGGGAGAGAGCGGACUGACGAUCCCACCUCAAAGAGUGUGAGACAUUUCAAAGUAUCGAUUUGUAUUAGGAAAUCAUUUUGCUAAAAUAAAUCAAAUUAUCUAAAUUUUAGAUUUUAGAUCUUAGACUAAGUUCAUCAUCAUUCAUCAAUAAGAGGAUGGGAUUGAGCUGACGGUUUUCCAAUUUUCAAAAUGCAAAUUCUAAAAUCUCAGCUCAAUCCUCGAUACAGGCUCAUCUCAUAACUCAUUCUGCAUUUCAUCACGAUAAAAAUGUGUUCACAAAAAUCAUCAAAAAAAUAAAAUAAAUCUUCCGAAAAAAAAAAACAAAACAGAA